UUGGUUCUCCAGUUGAAUGGUGGUUCCCGCACCUUUCGGACAGACAAAACCAUGUAUCAGGUCCCAAUUAAGGGCUGGAUUCAAUCCAUAUUGCAGAAGUAUCACGGAAGGUCUGCAUUCAAAUGUAAAGAUGAAAUCUCGCGUCUUGUGACGGCCGGCCGCCCAACAACCUGCCCGCUCGACCCUAUCCCCUCCUCUCUUCUCCAGACCAUUUCCGGAGACCUUCUCCCUUACCUCACCUCGCUCAUCAAGUCAUCCCUGACCGCUGGCUACGUCCCUUCCGUCUUCAAGAGAGCGAGAGUUGCACCCCUUCUGAAAAAACCUACACUCGAUCCCUCCGAUGUCAAUAACUACAGACCAGUAUCCCUUCUUUCUUUUAUCUCCAAAACUCUUGAACGUGCCGUCCUUGGCCAGCUCUCCCUCUAUCUCUCUCAGAAUGACCUUCUUGAUCCAAAUCAGUCAGGUUUCAAGACUAGUCAUUCAACUGAGACUGCUCUUCUCUGUAUCACGGAGGCGCUCCGCACUGCUAAAGCUAACUCUCUCUCCUCUGCUCUCAUCCUUCUAGACCUAUCGGCUGCCUUCGAUACUGUGAACCAUCAGAUCCUCCUCUCCACCCUCUCCGAGUUGGGCAUCUCCGGCGCGGCCCACGCUUGGAUUGCGUCCUACCUGACAGGUCGCUCCUACCAGGUGGCGAAUCGCAUCUCUGCAUGUCUGGCAGAUAUAUCAGUGUGGAUGACGGAUCACCACCUCAAGCUGAACCUCGGCAAGACGGAGCUGCUCUUCCUCCCGGGGAAGGACUGCCCGUUCCAUGAUCUCGCCAUCACGGUUGACAACUCCAUUGUGUCCUCCUCCCAGAGCGCUAAGAACCUUGGCGUGAUCCUGGACAACGCCCUGUCGUUCUCAACUAACAUCAAGGCGGUGGCCCGUUCCUGUAGGUUCAUGCUCUACAACAUCCGCAGAGUACGACCCUGUGGGUAUGUGUGGUACAUCGGCUACUUCUCGGCCCUGAUGGUGUGUGUGUUGGUGCUGACUGUGUCAUGCGUGUUAGUGCACCGCUUCAGAGACCAGCAGAGAGAACGACAAACACACUUCUGGGUGGCUGCCAUCGAACAGGGCGCCGUUACCCAGCAUCCUCUACUGCACUGGAUAGAUGUCAACCGUCACCUGUCUCUGUCUGUCAUUGUCAAGGGAGAUGCCAGAGGGAAACAGGAGGAAGAUAGAGAAGAGGGGGAAGAGGGAAAGAAAGAGGAAGGGGCGAAGUUCUCUACGCCUCACGCUGUUGAGGGGCGAAGUUCUCUACGCCUCACGCUGUUGAGGGGCCUUCUCACGCUGUUGAGGGGCGAAGUUCUCUCACGCCUCACGCUGUUGAGGGGCGAAGUUCUCUACGCCUCACGCUGUUGA